GGUCAGUGGUGACGUUACCUCGUAUAAAUCAUGAGAGGUGGCAGCUGGGUGUUGCUUGCAAAGAGCAAGAGUAUCGAGGGAUGCCUGCUCAUGAGACCUGGAGGCUGUGAGGAAAAGGCGUGUCUGGCUGGCUGCAGAUUUUAUAUAAGGGCAACUUCUAUCUCAGCUGCAGCAAAAAAAGAGAGGACGACGCAGAGUCUCAACAACUUCCAGAAGAGCCUGCGCGGACCCAAGAGCCCUUCCCAGCUGGCUGCAGCUGAUGCAGCAGGGGAAUCUUCUGGAGAUGACGAUGUUGAAGCUUUUUGGAAUCAUUUUUUUCUGUGGCCUCCUUUCACCCUCCCAAGAAGUCCUGUCUGGUCUGUCCUGUGCCGUCAGUCCCGGGGCGAUGCAGAACGUUCUCUCAGGUGCCAUACUUCACAACGGGCUUCUCCAGAAGCACCUGCAGGGCCUUGUGCUUCCGAACAUCAUGGGUGAAGGGGGUCUGCUGAGCUCUCCCACCAGCAUCACUGGCCUACACCUUGUCAGGGUUCAACUCCCCAAGCUGUCGGUGGUGCUGCUGCCAGGAAUCGGGGUCCAGCUGACCAUUGCUGCAAAGCUGGAGCUUAGUGGCAAGUGCUUGGUUGGCCUUCUUUCAGAACUAAUUGAUAUCUUAGUGGAUGUGAACAUUACUGCAAACAUUAAAUGCACGAAUUAUGAAUCGGGCACGGUCCAGGUUGUCAUUGAAGACUGCCUCUGCAUUCUUGGUGCCAUAAAGAUCAAGCUCCUUUCUGGCUUACUCUCCCUAUCAGUAAAUGAGAUAGUGCUUAACCAGCUGAGAGCGACUCUGCCCGGUUUGCUGUGUCCAGUCGUUGAUAUUGUGGUCAACCUUGUCAACAUCCAGCUGCUGGGCACUCUCAACGCGGUGAUACCAGUCGGUACGGCAGGAACGAUUCACUACCGGCUGGCCAGCCUCCCGUUUACCUCUGGCUUGUUCCUUGGGUUGGAUUUAGAUGGUGCAGUGAAGCAGGUGGGAGGUAGCAUCAUCCCCCAUGACUCGUCCCCUUCUGCAUUACCUCCACUGCUGGACAAGCUUCUGGUCUUGGGACUGCGCCAGAGCUUUCUCAGUGCAGUCCUGUCCCUCCUGCUCCAGAUACCGCCACAGACCUUCACCUGCACGCCAGAAGUCUUCUCUGGUGCCAGCCGUUUGCAAGAAGCCAUCAGGACCCUUUUUCCUGCUGCGUGCUCCACCUGCCAUGGGACCAGUCCUCUGAGCAUUAGGCUAACGUUGUCUGGGAACCCGCUCAUCCUCUUGGAAGAAAACAAAGCCACCGUUGAGCUUUCGGUCAUGAUUCAGGUGUUCAUUAAGCGUUUAGAUGGACCCAUCCUCAACCUCCUGCUGCUGAAGGCUGACCUCGGUCUAAACGCCCGCAUGUCGAUUGCUGGAGGCAGACUGGUGCUGGGGCUGUCCCUGGGCAGCACUUCCUUCUCCUUGGAGUCUUCUGACAUUGGCAUCAGUAACAUCUCGAACUUGAAGCCACACUGCAGGACUCUGCUGGUGGAAAUGUUACUGCCCCUUAUCAAUGGUGCUCUGGACAUUGGGAUCCCUCUGCCAAACGUGCUGGGCAUUCCCUUAAUAAAGGUGGAUAUUCAGAUAUUAGCGGGCCUGCUGGUGAUUCUUGUGUGAGCUGGAGAGUGCGAGGCACGGAGGGGUCCUGUGCAGAAAGACAGACCAGCGAGGAUGGAACAUCAAGACUGGCGUUAUCUACUUUUCUUUUCUAAACUUGAUUCAAGAUCCUUGAUAACAUUUAAGAAACUUUGAAGUUAAUUGGCUCGUGUGAACACCAAGAUACUUGCAUAAGCCAAAACCCGAUAGGCAGCUCUGUGUACAAAUAUUUAUUUAGAGAAAUGAGUGUGAUUUUGGGGUCACAGUUAUAGCAGUUUUAUGUGAUACCACAGUGGAAUUGUUAAAAUUGUGCUGAGGGAAAAUUGUUCUUGAUAUAAUGAAAAAGAAAACUUGUUGCCUAUGGUUUUCUAAGUAAAUGUCAUCAUCCAUGUUCAAAAGAGUAUGAAGUGCUGAGUGG